AUGACAUGGGGGUGGAGGAAAAUCCUAUCUAUUCGGUCAUCUGUUCGCCCGUUCAUUUGGUUCUUAAUUCGUGAUGGUAGGAAAGCUAAUGCUUGGUAUGAUAAUUGGUGCCCUCUUAGCCCGUUGGGUGAUUUCAUUACUCCGAGACGAAUCCAUGGGGCGGGGUUUACAAUGCAAACCUCUGUGGUGGACCUCAUUGAUAAUCAAAAUGGUUGGAAGUGGCCGAUCGCUUGGUUUGACCUUUAUCCGGUUCUGAAUACAUUAACGGCUCCGCUUUUUGUCCAAAAUGUUCCUGAUAAGCUCGUUUGGAAGGAUAGACAGGCCAAUUUCUCUUAUUUCAGUGCUAGAGAGGCUUGGGAGAGCAUUCGGGUUCGAGGUGCGGAGCUUCAUUGGGUUAAUUUGGUGUGGUUCAGUCAGUGUAUUCCGAGACAUUCCUUCCACUUGUGGCUAGUUAUUAAAAAUAAGCUGAAAAUUCAGGAUCGAAUGGGAAUCUGGGAUGCUGGAAGUGCAACUAAUUUAAAUCUAAUGUGUUGUCCGCUGUGUAAGCAUGGGAAAGAUUCACGGGACCAUUUGUUCUUUCGGUGCUCUUAUGCUUUACAGGUGUGGAAUCGGGUGAAAGAUAUGGCUUAUAUGGACUCAAUCGAUGCUAACUGGGAGUCUAUUAUUGAUUGGCUCUCUCAACAUGCUACUAAUAAUUCAGCGAGGAGUGUUGUAAGUAAGUUGGUUGUUGCUGCUUCCUCUUAUUUCAUACGGCAAGAAAGGAACAAUAGGCUGUUUUCUACAAACCAGCGAAACGCUACAAUGAUUGCAAACAUUAUUCUUCAUACGGUUCGCCUAAAGCUAAUGACUUUCAAGGCUGGGAGAGGUCUGAAGCACCCGCUGAUGCUGGAGAGAUGGAAGUUCCAAGUGAAGGAUUUAAACAUUGAUCCGGGCUAG